CGACAACAAUGCCGCCCGCGACGAAACGCAGAAAGCUCGAGCAGUCCGAGGACGAGAGCGAGGGCAGCUUCGCCGACUUCGGGGCAUUGGACAGCGCGGGGUCGGAAGUGGAAGAGGAGGCGAAUGGCGAGGACAGCCCUGUCUCGAUGGAGGGACCAGCCGCCGCCAAACAUGUGAGCGACGACGACGAGGCCGAGGAGAGCGCUGCGCAAAAGCACGAGAAGAGCGCGCCCGUGCACAAGCACAAGAAGCGGCCGGCUGCGACGCUCCAGGACGGCGCCUAUGCGUCCGAGUCGUUCAAGUCGAACUUGUUCAAGCUGCAGGUCGACGAGCUGCUGGAGCAGGUCAAGCCCAAGUACGGCAAGAAGGAGGCCCCGGCUGAGAACGUGAUGCGCACGCUGAAGACCAUCAUUGAGUCGCUGCCCAGCCGAGAGGCUUUGCCGAUUCCAGAAGCCGAGAAAGCCCUCAAGUCUGCUGGUAUCGCGGUCCCGUUCCCCAGCCCACGCCCGCCCAAAGACGCAAUGUACAAGCUUGCCUUCGAGCGCCCGUCGAGCAUCAACGCGACCGGCAGCUACCCGCUCAAGACGGCCACCAAGUCUGAUGACGGCAUUGCCAUCGAUCUCGUCGUCACCAUGCCCAAGGCUCUGUUCCAGGACAAGGACUACCUCAACCACCGCUACUUCUACAAGAGGGCGUACUACCUGGCCUGCCUGGCUGCAGGCAUCGCGCGCGCAAAGAAGCACAAGUUCGCCCUGUCUUUCGAGAACUGGCACGGCAACCAGCUGCAGCCCAUUCUCGUCGUGCGCCCCAGUGGCAACGGAGACGCGGACGACUUCUCAAGCUCAAAGGCCAGGAUCAACAUCAUCCCCGCCCUGCCUGAGAACACGCUCGCGCCAAACAAGCUGCUGCCCAACGCGAACGCCGUGCGACCAAAGGACGCCGACGACGAGGCUGCUGGCAAAGUGCUUCCACCCACGCCCUUCUACAACAGCGCAGUGCAGUCGGAUGCGAACAUCACCGCCUACCUGAAGCUGCUGUACGCGACAGCAACCACAGCCGAUGCCUUCAAGGACGCGUGCGUUCUCGGCCGCAUCUGGCUCAAGCAGCGUGGGUUUGGGAGCCAGCUGCGAAAGGGGGGCUUUGGCAACUUUGAGUGGGCGGCUCUCGUGGCUCUCCUGCUGCAGCCCAACCAGGCGACCGGUGCGCAGCCGCUGUCGCCGGGGUACAGCAGCUACCAGCUGUUCAAAGCGGCCCUGCAGUUCAUUGCGCGCCAUGACCUGAGCAAGAAGGCUGUCGUCUUGCACGCCCACAACAUCACCAUCCCAAAGGGCGACACGACGCCCGUCUUCUUCGACGGGCCCCGAGGCCAGAACAUCCUGUUCAGGAUGACGCAGUGGUCGUAUGCGUGUCUGCGUCAGGAGGCACAGGCGACCGUGGACAUGCUGAGCGACACCGUCUUCGACCAGUUCGACGCCACCUUCAUCCUGAAGACAGAGGUGCUGAAGUUCAAGUACGACGCCACACUCGAGAUACCGCUUUCGGCAUUUGGCCUCGAUCCCGCGAGCGAAGCCUACAACCAGCAGCUCAGCAGCGCUUGCCACAAGCUGUACGCGACCCUGUCCCAUGCGCUCACCGAUCGCGUCACGUCCAUCUCGUUCACCAUGCCCGUGGAAGAGCACUGGUCCAUCACCACCAAGCGGCCGCAGGAGAAGCAGCGCAAGUGCAUUCUCGUCAACUUCGCGACUGACCCCGCCAACGCCAAUCGCACCGUCGACCACGGGCCCGCAGCGGAGAACAAGCAGGAGGCCGCCGUCUUCCGCAAGUUCUGGGGUGAAAAGUCGGAGCUGAGACGAUUCAAGGAUGGCAGCAUCACCGAGAGCAUCGUGUGGUCUGCGAAGGAUGUAUCCGUCAUCGAGCAGAUUGUCCGCUACAUCCUCCCGCACCACAAGAUUAUGCAGGGCGCUGAGCAGCUGAGCUUCACCGGCGAUGCCUUUGCACACCUCAUCAGCGCCGGACGCAUCCAGGGAGCUUCAGGUGUAGCGCCCUUUCUGCCCAUCAUGAACGCCUUCGCCGCCAUGGAGAAGGACCUGCGCGCCCUCGAAGACCUGCCUCUCCAGCUCCGCUCCAUCAGAGCCGCAGACGCGCAGCUCCGGUACGCGUCCAUUGAGCCGCCAGCCCCCGGCCACACACCGGCCUCAGUCGUGCUGCAGUUUGAAGGCUCCGGCCGCUGGCCCGACGACCUGUGCGCCAUCCAGCGCACCAAGAUCGCCUUCCUGCUGCGCAUCGCCGACCUCGUCGCAGAGUCAGAGUCCGAGUACACGGCCCGCGUCGGGCUGGAGAACCCGUCGCAGCCCGCGCAGAACCAGGCCUUCCUGGACCUUACAAGCGCCGCGGGCUUCACAUUCCGGAUCCGCAUCCACCACGACCGCGAACAGCCGCUGCUGGAGCGGCAGCUGCAGGACAAGGCGCUGGACGCGGGCUCGCGCGAGUCUGCCGCCGCGAGCCUCGCGCUGCACAAGCGCGACUUCACUCACGCCCCGCGGCACACCCAGGUCGUGCAGACGCUCGCGACGCGCUUCCCGGCCCUCUCGCCCGCGCUGCGCCUCACGAAGCGCUGGUUCGCCGCACACCUCCUCGCGCCGCACUUUGCGCCCGAGCUGCUCGAGCUGCUGGUGCUGCGGACAUUUCUGCAGCCGCACCCCUGGACCGCGCCCGCCUGCGCGACAACAGGCUUCCUGCGCACGCUCGCGUGGCUCGCACGCUGGGACUGGCGCCACACCCCGCUCAUCGUCGACCUCAGCAGCGCGGCCGCCGUGGAUCAGGAUGGGCACGCGCAGCCGCGCAUGCAAGCCGCCGACCUGGCGCGCCUGACGACGCGCUUCGAAGCCUGGCGCCGCAUCGACGCGGGGAUGAACCGCGUCGUACUCUUCGCGGCGACGACCCUCGACGGCGACGACGGCACGACGUGGACCGACAAAUGCGCGCCGGCGACAGUGGUCGCGGCGCGACUAACAGCGCUGGCGAGCGCCGCGACCACCGCGCUCCGCCGCGCAGACGAUGCGCUGCUGCGGCGCGUCAAUGGGCAGGACGCCGGCACGGCGCUGGACCCCGAGUCGCUCUUCGCGCCCAGCACGACCGAAUACGACAUCACGCUCACCCUGGCUUCGCGAUACACACCCUCCGGCGCAGGCAAGGCCAAGCGCGCCGCAUCCGCUCCAAGCUUCAAGAACCUCGCGCUCCAGCGCGGCGAGUCUUACACGCCCGCCGCGCCUUGUCUCCCCUCCUUGUUCGCGCACGACCUGCGCGCCGUGUACGGCGACGCUGUGCUCUGGUUCUGGGACCCGGAGAUCCUGGACCGGAUAUGCGGGCUGUGGAAUCCGCUGUCCACGCGCCAGCGCAGUUGGAAGGUCAAGCCGGGGUGGAAUAGUGCGCCGGUCAGGGUCCAGGCUGCUGAGGGGGAGGAAGGCGUGCAGAUCGGGGUCAAUCGGGAGGCGGUUGUGCAUGAGAUUAGGCGGUUGGGCGGGGAGUUGGUGAGGAGUGUUGAGGUUAGGGAGUAGGUUUUCUGUGGGGGGCUUGUGUGGUAUUUGGACUAUGUGGAUGUAUACCUAUGGAUACGAUGACGCCACGUCUUUCCUGUUGGAGCUGUGGAUUGUCUUGAUGGAGAGCUUUGAUUCUACGUUCCUGAGCACAAGAGACAUGCUGUUGGUGUUUGAUCAUGUGGACAUUCGUCGGAGAAGAGAAGAAACGCCAUACAAACCCCAAUGCGCAAUCGUCGAUGAAAAGACG